AUGGCGAAGGCCUUUAAUCUCGAAGACAUUAAAAAUGAGGCUGUUGAUCUGGAAAACAUUCCUAUUGAGGAAGUGUUUGAGCAGCUGAAAUGUUCAAGGGAAGGUUUGACCACCCAAGAAGGAGCCGACAGGAUCGAAAUCUUUGGACAAAACAAAUUAGAAGAAAAGAAGGAAAGCAAAUUCCUCAAGUUUCUUGGGUUUAUGUGGAACCCCUUGUCAUGGGUUAUGGAGGCUGCUGCUAUCAUGGCCAUAGCACUUGCAAACGGAGAUGGAAAGCCACCAGAUUGGCAAGAUUUCGUUGGUAUUAUUUGUUUGUUGGUCAUUAACUCUACUAUCUCUUUCAUUGAAGAGAACAACGCCGGAAAUGCUGCUGCUGCCCUCAUGGCUAAUCUCGCUCCAAAGUGUAAGCUUCUUAGAGAUGGUCGAUGGUCUGAGUCAGACGCUGCAUUGUUGGUACCAGGAGACAUCAUCAGCAUUAAAUUGGGUGACAUUGUCCCUGCUGAUGCACGUCUUCUUGAAGGUGAUCCUUUAAAGAUUGACCAGUCUGCCCUAACAGGAGAAUCACUUCCAGUAACCAAGAAUCCCGGAGAUGAAGUUUUCUCUGGUUCAACCUGUAAACAAGGUGAGAUUGAAGCUGUUGUGAUUGCCACUGGUGUCCACACUUUCUUUGGAAAGGCUGCCCAUCUUGUCGACAGCACCAACCAAGUUGGUCAUUUCCAGAAGGUUCUUACCUCCAUUGGAAACUUCUGUAUUAUCUCCAUUGCUGUCGGUAUGGCAAUUGAGAUCAUCGUGAUGUACCCUAUUCAACACCGUAGAUACAGGAGUGGAAUCAACAAUCUUUUGGUUCUUUUGAUUGGAGGUAUCCCAAUUGCCAUGCCUACAGUGUUGUCAGUGACUAUGGCUAUUGGGUCCCACAGGCUGUCUCAACAAGGAGCUAUUACAAAGAGAAUGACUGCCAUUGAGGAAAUGGCUGGUAUGGAUGUGCUCUGCAGUGACAAGACUGGUACCUUGACUCUCAACAAGUUGAGUGUUGACAAGAACUUGAUUGAGGUAUUUUGCAAGGGUGUUGACAAGGAGCAUGUUCUCCUUCUUGCCGCAAGGGCCUCACGUGUUGAGAACCAAGAUGCUAUUGACACUUGUAUGGUUGGAAUGCUUGCUGACCCCAAAGAGGCUAGAGCUGGAAUUAGGGAGGUUCACUUUCUUCCAUUCAACCCUGUGGACAAAAGGACUGCUUUGACUUACAUCGAUGGCAACGGAAACUGGCAUAGAGUCAGCAAAGGUGCACCUGAGCAGAUUAUUGACUUGUGCAAUUGCAAGGAGGAUGUUAGAAAGAAAGUCCAUGCCGUUAUUGAGAAGUUUGCUGAACGUGGUCUUCGUUCAUUGGGUGUCGCAAGACAGGAAGUGCCCGAAAAGAACAAGGAUGCUCCAGGAGCACCAUGGCAAUUUGUUGGUUUGUUGCCACUCUUUGAUCCUCCAAGGCACGACAGUGCUGAAACUAUCCGCAAGGCCCUCAACCUUGGUGUGAAUGUUAAGAUGAUCACUGGUGACCAACUUGCCAUUGGUAAGGAAACUGGUAGAAGACUUGGAAUGGGAACAAACAUGUACCCAUCUUCAGCUUUGCUUGGCAAUGACAAAGAUUCAUCCAUUGCCAGCCUUCCUAUCGAUGAGUUGAUUGAGAAAGCUGAUGGAUUUGCCGGAGUUUUCCCAGAGCACAAAUAUGAAAUUGUUAAGAAGUUGCAAGAGAAGAAGCACAUUGUUGGUAUGACUGGAGAUGGAGUCAAUGAUGCCCCUGCUUUGAAGAAGGCAGAUAUUGGUAUUGCUGUUGAUGAUGCUACUGAUGCCGCAAGAAGUGCUUCUGACAUUGUUCUCACUGAGCCUGGUCUCAGUGUUAUCAUCAGUGCUGUGUUGACCAGUAGGGCUAUCUUCCAGAGGAUGAAGAACUACACUAUCUAUGCAGUCUCCAUCACCAUCCGUAUAGUGCUUGGCUUUAUGCUUAUUGCUUUGAUCUGGAAAUUCGACUUCUCACCCUUCAUGGUUCUGAUUAUUGCCAUCUUGAAUGAUGGAACAAUCAUGACUAUUUCAAAGGAUCGAGUCAAGCCAUCUCCAGUUCCUGACAGCUGGAAGCUCAAGGAAAUCUUCGCCACUGGAAUUGUUCUCGGAGGUUACCUAGCUUUGAUGACUGUCAUUUUCUUCUGGUUGAUGUCAGACACAGACUUUUUUACAGAAAAAUUCGGAGUAAGAUCCAUUAGAGGUAACCGUGAGGAAAUGAUGGCUGCUCUAUAUCUCCAAGUGAGUAUAGUAAGUCAGGCCCUCAUUUUCGUGACCAGGUCUCGCAGCUGGUCCUUUGUUGAGCGACCUGGUAUGCUGUUGAUGGUAGCUUUCGCGAUUGCUCAGCUGGUGGCUACUCUUAUUGCUGUAUAUCCUACCUGGAACUUUGCCGAGAUCAAGGGAUGUGGAUGGGGAUGGGCUGGUGUAGUCUGGCUAUUCAACAUAGUUUUCUACUUCCCACUCGACGUACUCAAGUUUGCCAUCCGUUACAUCUUGAGUGGAAAGGCAUGGCUCAACUUGUUCGAGAGCAAGACUGCAUUCACCAGCAAGAAGGAUUAUGGAAAAGAAGAGAGAGAAGCUCAAUGGGCCCUUGCUCAGAGAACUCUACACGGGCUUCAAGCACCCGAAUCUUCUGCUCCUCUCUUCCAAGACAAGAACAGCUACAGGGAACUCUCUGAGAUCGCUGAGCAAGCCAAAAGACGCGCUGAAGUUGCAAGGCUUCGUGAGUUGCACACACUCAAAGGACACGUUGAGUCCGUGGUGAAGCUAAAGGGUCUUGACAUUGACACCAUCCAACAGAAUUACACCGUUUGAUGAGCCCGAGCAAGCGGGAGUACAAGAGUUGAAGACCCCCCUCCAUAAGGAGGUGUGUAGUUAAAGACGAAGAUGUUUGCUAAUUCAGUGAUAAUGAAGGGCAGGAAGUAGAGCGAAUAGGCCCGAAGUAGUGCAGAAAAAAUUAAGGAGAACAUAUAAUUUUUAUGACAUAAAAGUGUCUCCUAAAAACAGCCGAAAAUUUUCCCCUGCACUUUGCAUUAAGGUGCUGAGAGAAAGCUCUUCCCAUUUGUUAACAAGAGUGUUGUGGAUAGGAUUGUGUUUUGUGUUUUUCUUUUACUCCUUUUGUGGCAGGAAGCUACCUUUGUUGUUACAUAAAAUUUCAAACCACCUUCCUUAUUUUGACCGCCUUUUUUGUUGUGUUUUUUAUACUUAUCUCCUUGUAAUAAUGCAUUAGAUUCAACCAUAUUUUGGUGGCUUGAAUUCUCUUACUUUGAGUAUAAAUUAUACAACAUUUUUGUUUCUCCUA